AUCCAGAUGAGAAAAACAUUAAAGCCUUCAACUCCUACCCCGAAUCAUCUUCGGAGUCUCAAGCUUUCGUUGUUUGAUCAGCUGGCUCCAGGUGAAAAAAUUAUUCAUUCUUCUCUCCAAUUUGUUCAUAUGUUUUCCUCUUUAAAUAUCGAAACUGCUUACGAAAAAUUCUGCGUACGCCAUGCACCAGUACUGUUCCACUACUUGCCGAGCAGUGGGUGGAACAGGAAAGAAAAUACCGAAAGAUGUAAUAAGUUGCAAAAAUCUUUGGCGGAGAUGUUAGCCAAGUUUUACCCUCUAGCAGGGAGAUAUAGAAAAGAUGACUUGUCAAUUCAUUGCAAUGAUGAAGGCGUUGAGUAUGUCGAAACCAAAGUCAACACAGAUCUUGCUGAAUUUCUCCAUGAAGGACCCAAUAACAUUGAGCUUUUCGAUGAUCAUCUUCCAUGGCGUGUUCCUCUGAUAAGAGAUCUGUCGUCAAGUCCAUUACUUGGAAUCCAAGUGAACAAAUUCAAUUGUGGAGGACUAGUCAUGGGGAUACAAAUUUCACACAUCUUAGCGGAUGGUUUCACAUUAGGAACAUUUGUCAACGAAUGGGCGCACAUUAACAAAACAGGGACAACAAAAGGUUGUGUCCCAAGUUUUGAUCAGUUGUCAUCACUCUUUCCUGCAAGAGUGCUACCAGAACCUCAGUUCUCACUACCUUCCAACAUGAGUGCUAAGAUUGUCACAAGGAGGUUUAUGUUUGAUGCAUUGGCAAUAGCAGAGCUCAAAGACAAAAUCGACUCAAAUAGUGUUACAGUGGCGAAAUCUACUAGAAUGGUGUUUGUUAUGGCGUUAAUAUGGAAGGUUCUUACGAGCAUUUCCUCAGCCAAACAUGGACAUUCAAGGGACUCAACUUUAAUAUUUGCAAUGAAUUUGAGGGGGAAAACAAAGUUACCAUCUUUAGAACAUGCUCUAGGGAAUUUCUGUGCGGCUGGAUUUCCCACUCGAGGCAAACCAUGUUUGGGUUGUAACCCACUUGUUCAGAAAGACGAGAUGGAUAUUUAUCUUUGCUCUAGUUUGUGUCGAUUCCCAUGGUAUGAAGCCGACUUUGGACAAAAAUGAAACUGCAUUAUGUAUCCUCCCAUUCCCCUUCUGUCCCUAUACUUCUCAACCCUUUUUCAUUUGAUGCUUUCCUUGUUUUAUUCUGUUUCCAUCAUUGUAAUUGUUCUAGUUGAUUGUCAAUUCCAAUUAUGAUUUCUGCUUCCUAACUGUAUCUGGAGUGUUAAGUUGAAUCCAUUUUAUUGGUGCUCUCAUUCGGAGGUCUCUUGUUGGACCAGCUUUCUAUUUUGCUUGGAAUAUGAUAUAAAAGGGAAAAUAUAUUGAGAGUGAUGUU